AUCACACCAAGGCCGCCAUGAAUUCACUCAGUGAAGCAAACACCCACUUUGCAGUUGAUCUGUUCCAACAGCUCAAAAAAUCAGAGAAGGACAACAUCUUCUACUCCCCUCUCAGCAUCUCAUUAGCGUUAGCCAUGACCUACUCAGGGGCCCAAGGGAACACCGCACUCCAAAUCGGCAAGGUCCUCCACUUUAAUGACAUCACAGACAGCACAAGAGGAAGAGCCUCAACAGCUCACGUUGAAAAGUUAAGAAAUGUUCAUCAGCAAUUUCAAAAGCUUCUGACUGAAUUAAAGAAACCCACUGAUGCCUAUGACCUGAGCAUUGCCAACAGGCUCUAUGGAGAAAAGGAGUUUCAAUUUCGUCAGGAAUACAUGGAAAACGUUAAGAAAUUUUACCUUGCCAGUGUGGAAUCAGCUGAUUUUAGAAAUGCUCCAGAAGAAAGCCGCAAGAAGAUUAAUUCCUGGGUGGAAAGCCAAACGAAAGGAAAAAUCAAUGAUCUGUUGCCCCCUGACUCUCUUGAGUUCGCCAUCCUGGUUCUGGUGAACGCAGUCUAUUUCAAAGGGUUAUGGGAUAAGAAAUUUGAUACAAAAAGUACUGGAGAGGAAAAAUUUUGGCUGAACAAGGAUACGAGCAAAUCCGUGCAAAUGAUGAGACAAACCAGUUCCUUUAAUUUCGCUGCACUGGAGGACAUGCAAGCCAAGAUCCUGGAAAUACCAUACAAAGGGAAAGAUCUAAGCAUGAUGUUGCUGCUGCCAAAUGAAGUAGAUGGUCUGAAGAAGCUUGAAGAUAAACUCACGGCUGAGAAAUUAAUGGAGUGGACAAGCUCACAGAAUAUGAGUGAGAAAACAGUGGAUUUAUGUUUACCUCGGUUCCAAGUGGAAGAGAGCUAUGACCUCAGGGACACACUGAUGUCCAUGGGGAUGGUAGACGCCUUCAGUCCACAGGAUGCCAACUUCUUGGGCAUGGCAGAGAGUUGGGGUCUCUUCGUGUCAAAAAUUGUACACAAGUCCUUUGUGGAGGUGAAUGAGGAGGGCACGGAGGCCACAGCUGCUACAGGCGUAGUAGUUGUUGAAAGAACGUCACCCAUUUAUGAAAGUUUUCAUUGCAAUCACCCUUUCCUGUUCUUCAUCAAGCACAAUAAGACCAACAGCAUCCUCUUCUUGGGCAGAGUCUCUUCCCCUUAG